AUGAGUUCAACUUCAUCUGUUAUGCUAUUUGGAGCUGCCACAAGCGUGACUAAGCUUAAGGACGAUACGUGGAGUGCAAAUCUUCACCCAGACUACUGUGUAGGCGCAGUACCGAAUGGGGGCUACGUGGCAAGUGUGAUGUACCAGGCUGUCGAGAGUCAUGUUCGAAAUCUUGGCCUACGACAACAGAUCAUCUCAGCGCAGCUCCAAUAUGUCAACCGUACUCAGAUAGGUGAAGCAAUCAUCACCAUUGAGAAAGUCAAAAGCGGUCGGGCAACUUCUACCUUUCAUGCAACCCUUCUGCAAGGUCCCGACACUUCGAAGGCACAGUUACGAAAGUGUGUUCUCGGCUACUAUGUAUGCUUGGCUCCCGCAACAGACGGCCUUACUCUCGCUACUGGUUGGAACCUCCUUCCCCCGGUCCCAUCUAUUGAUGUGGAACUGGCUUCCAAGGGACUUGACCCGAACUGGUCUUCGGAGGCAUCUCGUAUCCAGAUACAUCACUUGGCAUCGCUGGGAUUUGUCCGCGCCGUGGAAGGGGCUUUUGAAUCGUUUUAUCGGCGACAACCCGCUCGCAAAGGGCUGGAAGAUUCAUGGAUCCGACUGACAAGCGGCGAACGGUUCACAAACGCCACAUUGCCUCUCGUUGCAGAUGCAAAGCCUUACGUUGUUGAGGGGUGGAGGCCAUUACCAGCCGAUGAGAGCGGGGAAGCUGUGCCUUUCUCCAGAGAUGAUCCAUUUUGGUACCCAACACUCGUUAUGAAUCUGGACAUCAAGAAGGGAUUGCCACGAGAGGGUGAGGAGUGGCUUUUCAUCAGAACUGAAGCUAGAAAGAUUGAACAAGGGCGGCUUGACUUGCAAGUUAGUAUUCUGGAUCAGCAGGGCAAUCUUGUUGCGCUUGCCAGCCAUAUCAACCUGGUCCUCUCAGCAUCCCGGAACCUCAAGACCAGGAACGUGAAUGAAAACCAAGGGAAGCUGUGA